GUCCUCGACCCCCACCUUCCUCUCCAUUGCCCCUCGCUCUUGAUUUGCACGCAAAGAUGGUCUACAAGGUCGCUGACAUUUCUCUCGCCGCGUUCGGUCGCAAGGAGAUCGAGCUCGCUGAGAAUGAGAUGCCCGGUCUCAUGUACAUGCGCGAGAAGUACGGUGCAUCCAAGCCCUUGAAGGGUGCGCGCGUCGCUGGAUGUCUGCACAUGACCAUCCAAACCGCAGUGCUCAUCGAGACGUUGACGGCUCUUGGCGCUGAGGUCUCAUGGUCUUCAUGCAACAUCUUCUCGACUCAGGACCACGCAGCUGCCGCCAUCGCUGCGACUGGCGUCCCCGUCUUCGCUUGGAAGGGCGAGACUGAGGAGGAGUACCUUUGGUGCAUCGACCAGACCCUCUGCGCCUUCCCCGAUGGCAAGCCCCUCAACAUGAUCCUCGACGAUGGAGGUGACCUCACCAGCCUUGUUCACGACAAGUACCCCCAGUACCUCGCCGGCAUCCGCGGUCUGUCUGAGGAGACCACUACUGGUGUCCACCACCUCUACCGUAAGAUGCGUGAGGGCAAGCUCAAGGUCCCCGCCAUCAACGUUAACGACUCCGUCACCAAGUCGAAGUUUGACAACUACUACGGCUGCCGCGAGUCGCUCGUCGACGGUAUCAAGCGUGCCACCGAUGUCAUGCUUGCCGGCAAGGUCGCCGUUGUCGCUGGUUUCGGUGACGUCGGCAAGGGUUGCGCGCAAUCCCUCGCUGCCUACGGUGCUCGCGUCCUCAUCACUGAGAUUGACCCCAUCAACGCCCUCCAGGCCGCGAUGGCUGGUUACGAGGUCACGACGAUGGAGGAGGCUGCUCCCCGUGCCAACGUCUUCGUCACCACCACCGGUAACCGUGACAUCAUCCGUGGCGAGCACUUCCUGGUGAUGCCCGAAGAUGCCAUCGUCUCAAACAUCGGUCACUUCGAUGUCGAGAUUGACGUUGCCUGGCUCAAGGCCAACGCAAAGUCCGUCGUCAACAUCAAGCCUCAGGUUGACCGCUACACGAUGCCCAACGGCCGUCACAUCCUCCUCCUCGCUGAGGGCCGUCUCGUCAACCUUGGCUGUGCCACCGGCCACCCGUCCUUCGUCAUGUCCUUCUCCUUCACGAACCAGGUCCUCGCUCAGAUCGCGCUCUGGACGAACAACUCCGCAUUCCCUCUCGGCGUACACAUGCUGCCGAAGGAGCUGGACGAGGAGGUCGCGCGCGCGCACCUUAAGCAGCUCAACGUCAAGCUGACGUCGCUCUCCGACGAGCAGUCCAAGUACCUCGACAUCCCCGUCGGCGGUCCGUACAAGCCCCUCCACUACCGCUACUAGACGCGUCGGGCGGUAGGACGAUAUCGAGACAGACGGCCUCAACGUGCCCUCACCGAUGAAAAAGGUCCUGGGAAGGGAUUUUCAACAUCCCGAUUUUGUUGAUGGCUAGUGGCAGUGCCUGCGCGCCGCGGUGGGCGUGUGCGCUGUGCUGGGGCGCGUCGCGGUGCGGGUGUGGGGAGUUACAUGGAUGUAUUCUCUUGGAGAGUGGGCCUCAACGCGCCUUGUCUCUUGCAAUCAAACAUAUUUACGCGAUA